AUGGAAAGCUAUCCGGGCGAAUUCGUUUUUCACCAUUAUCCUCUAAUGGCUGUAAUGGGCCUUGGGGCUCAUAAGGACAUUGAGAAUUCUAUAUCUCCUCCGUCGUCACCCAAUCAGCCGAAAUCUCCUGCAUCAAGACGUAGCUCGACAAGUGCUCCAACUCAUUCGAUAUCAACACGACUACAACUGUCAAGAACUUUACUUAAUAUAUUAUUGGCUAAAGGUCAAGAUACCGUUUGGGAACCACCUAAACACGGAAAUCUAAUGUUCCGUGUGGUAGCAUUAGAAAAAAAUCAUCAAUUCCCAGUCAAAAAGACAGGAAAUAAAGCAGUUUCGUCACAUUCAUCGCUGUCCCCAAUGACACCUGAUUCUCCAUUGUAUCCCGAUGGCCUGAUUACCCCAAUAUGGGUGAAGAAACACCGGGAAGUAGCUCCUUCUGUAGUCGUUGGGUUUUAUGACUUGUGGGAAUGGUCAAUGGGAGGAGUGUCUAUUGAUGAGAAAGAAAAGCUGCCACACGUACCGGAACCAUUGGGUAAUAUUAACCCAAUAGAAAGAGAGAAGGAUACCGAUCUUGUAGCCGAGAUUAACGAACGGAAAAAGACCAUCAUAGAUCGAGGGAUUAAAUUUACCGUUGUGAUAUUGUUGAGGUCACAACAUGUCGAUGAUUCCAAUAUCGAUGAGAGAUUGAAUUAUAUAAAGAAAAUGUGUAGUCUUGAGGGGAAAAAUAUGUUUUUUGUCCUUCCUCCAAGCUCUCAAAAUGAACUACAAGAAUUUGCUACAAAUCUUCAGAAGUCACUUUAUGAUCAUGCUCUCGCGUAUUAUCGUGAGCUUAGUAAACGUAUAAAGAAGAAACGAUCGCGAUUACCAUCAACAACAAGCGCUCCAAAUGUACGCCGUGAAGAAAAGUCUGAUAAUACCAACCAACCAUUAAUCGUUCAAGGAUGGAUGGUCAGAUAUGACUAUAAAAUGGCGAUGUUUGCAGAAUUUAGGCAAGAGAUCGAUUCUGCUGUCAAGUAUUACAUAUCAGCAUACGAUCUGUUGGUGGAUAUGUUUGCUCCCGUCCCACUAAUAACGCCCAAUGCACCGCGACUGACUCCGCGAACAAAGCGAUGGGCAGAAGCAAAAGUACUUGCUGACAGUAUGAAUCUCAAAAUCUGCAAAUUAUAUCUUUAUUUCUCUGGCUAUACUCAAUCAGUAUCCCAUCUCAACAAACAUGUUUCUACCUUUCACGGUCUAUCUGAUUCGUUUCACAUGGGGAAAGACACGUUCGAAUACUGGACAUGGAAGACUAAGCAAUAUCGAUUAUAUGGAGAUUUACUUGAUAUUGCCGUCAGAAAUGGAUUCAAGAUUCCAUCCGUUGAGACGUGGACAAAUACAUAUGAAAGUCGAGGUGCAGGUGGUAGCGGAUAUGGAGUGGGAUCGGGAUCAGGAGCUGCUCCCGGAGGUGUUGAUCCCAGAUUAAUAUUACAACAUGCUGGUUUCUAUUACCAUCAAGCUGCCAUGUGUAAUAUAGAACGACGAAAGAAAUUCUUGGCAGUGGAAACAUUAUCAAAAGAGUCACCGGAUUCACCCGAUCUUCCGCCUCAAGCAUCACUCACAGCCGAACGUAGUGUUGAUCAUUCUGCCCUAACUAUCGAAUUGCUCACCAAAUCAUAUGAACAGUUCAAAAAGUACAAAUCUGGUCGAAUGACGUUAUAUCUGGCAUCAGAAAUAGCCGGAACAUAUUAUGAUGUUAAUAAAUACGAAAUGGCUUUAAGGCAAGCGCAAGCGACAUACGGCAGAUGGUGUUCAAUGUCGACAAAGACAUAUCGCAAAGAAUCUUGGCAUACCGUCCUAGAAUCAAUAUUACGAUGGUCUUUGAAGUGUGCCAAGGAAAUUGGAUCUUGGGAUACCGCAAUCGAGAUAAUGGUCGAAUUACUGUCUGAUCGAUUUACAAUGAGUGAGGAAGCAAGACUCGAGAUACAAAAUGAUUUGAAAAGUAUCUUGUCACAGCCAAAUAAUCCUUCAUCUACACUCCGAAUUGACAUGGAUCAAAUCAACUCAUUUGUAACCGUGCACUUUCAAUUUAAACGAUUAACAACGUUUGUUGGCACAUCGACACCAUUUCAGCUCUCACUCGGCACUUCUCACACAUCACCCCCGGUUCCAUUUCAACUCUCGUUUAUCCGAUUGAUAUUCAGUGAUCCAUACUUUAAUCAUUAUAUACGCUGUGGACCAAUAACAGAUAGCGAGAAGAGUAAAGAAAAGCUGCAAUAUCUGGAUAUUAAAAAUUUAAAGCAAGAAGAGAUCGAGGAAACUGGGGUCGUAUGGGCGAAGGACGUUGAAUACGAAAUAAGAAAGAACAGUAUUGUCGUAUUUGAAGGUCUAGUUGUACCUAAAGAGAGUGGUGACUUAACGUUGAUGUCUGUGUGCUUGGGCACAGUUACAUCUUCUUGGAAAGUGGAAUUGAAUUUUAGCAUUAAUGAACAAGGGGAAGGCAUUCAACGACGCAAGUGGAUGGAGCUAGGGACUGAGAAUGAAGUCACUAGACCCAAAUUCAUCAAUCUUGAAGGAUCCGGAGAUCGACCAUCGAUAAAAGUGAUUCAGAAGCAAGCAAAAAUUGACUUCAAGGCCUCGCAUCACCCUCCAGCCCUCUUAAAUGAAAUGUAUCCCAUCGAACUAAAAAUCACAAAUAAUGAACCAGAAGAAGUAAGGGUGAUUAUGAACGCCGAAAUAAUGGCUGCUGAUGCACAGG